AUGUCUUCAAGCGACGUAGAAGCCAGUCUCGAUGGAGACGUGAAGUAUGAGCAUGCUGAGGAACUGGAAGAUGUUCCCAGAAUAGACCCAGAACUAGAAAAGAGGCAAGCCAUGGCCUUAAGGGAUCGUCUCGAAUUGGUGAAGGCACCUACUGACCUACGAUGGACCAGGAUUGUUCGGAAAAUCGACUGUCGGCUCCUACCAUCGACUGCCAUUAUAUAUCUCCUCUGCUACCUCGACAGAUCGAACAUUGGAAAUGCGAAGAUCCUCAAUUCAUCCACGAACGAUACCCUGUUGGAGACCAACAAUAUCUCCAACUAUCAAUUCACCAUCGCAAUGAUGGUUUUCCUCGUGGCCUAUUCUGUAUUUGAAGCGCCGAGCAAUCUGGCAUUGAAAAUCUUUCACCCGCGCAGGUGGCUGGGGCUACUUGUCAUUGCAUUCGGCUCCUUCUGCUUGGGAAUUGGAUUUACGCACAAUUUUGCCGGACUAGCAGCCCUCCGAUUUCUUCUGGGUGCUGCGGAAGCCGGUGCAUUUCCAGGUAUGAUUUAUUAUUUCACAUUCUGGUACAAACCCGCGGAACGCGCCAGUCGAAUUGCGGUAUUCAUGUGCAGUGCCACACUGUCGGGCGCCUUUGGCGGUGCGAUCGCAUAUGGCGUCGGCCACCUGAAUGGGGCGCGAGGAUUAGAGGGCUGGCGAUGGCUCUUCCUGGUGGAAGGAGCUCCAACCAUUGCUGCUGGCUUGCUGGUUUUCUUUUUUCUGCCAAGCUACCCCGAGAGCGUAGGAUGGCUCACGGAUGAAGAGAAGAAGUUCCAGGCGCUUCGUCUAGGAGACAGCGGUUCCUCGGGCGAGGAUAAACUCAACUGGAAAGACGCUAAGGAAACUCUUCUCACAGGAAGACUCUACCUUCACUACCUUACGUAUCUAACCAUAUCGGCUGGGGUGGCAUCACUGUCCCUGUUUGCUCCGACGAUCAUUGCGGGACUGGGCUAUACGGACCUCCAAGCCCAGCUCUUUACUGUUCCCCCAUAUGCUGUUGCAUAUCUUGUGACUUUAGGGCUUGCGUGGCUGUCAGACUGGCUGAAAUGCCGAGGAGCCAUCGCAUGUGGUUCCCAGCUUGUUGCCUCGGUGGCUUUCGUUAUCCAAGCAUCGCUGCCGGCUGAGGCAUAUACUGCACGCUAUGCGUUCCUCAUCAUUGCUACCGCCGGGGCGUUUGGGGGUCUGCCCUCACUUAACGCCUGGGUAGGAGACAACAUCCAUACGACCACAGCACGGUCUAUCACAACCGCACUCAACAUCUCCUUCUCUGGCCCCGGGCAAAUCAUUGGUGUCUGGAUUUACAGAGCCCAGGAUGCCCCGGCAUACCGAUUGGGCCAUGGGGUCAAUGCAGGUAUGAGCUUUCUGGCCGCCAUUCUGGCCUUCUGCUUGACGCUUUACUACCGGCGACAGAAUAUGAAGAUGGAAGGUACUAACCAGACACGUUGGGUAACUUGA